CACUUGAUAACGAUUUUGAUUUACAAUAUUUGAUAUUUGAUUUUUUUGCACUACGAAUUUAUGCCUUUGAAAAGACGGUUGCUUCUUGCUUCUCAUUUUUUAGGUCAGUCACAAAAGCAAGCAUGAAUCAUUUUUGCAUUUUAUGGAUAGUACUUUUCACCUCCCAUUGCAGUGGUCAAAAUGAACCCUCAAGCUGCACUUCAAAUCUCACAGAUUGUGAGAAUGCGAUUCGAUGCGAUACCUAUUUGAACAUGGGAAUUCACGAAAUCAAUUACGUUUGGGUUAUUGACCAUUUCAGCGUACACGAAAUGAUCUCUAGUGAAAUUUCGUCACCCAUGCUACGUGCACCCGAGCCUGAGGCUGAUCCAUGCAGCUGGUGUAUUAAACUUGAACCCAACGGAACUGAUGGAAAAAAUGGCGCAAUCUCUCUGGACGUACAUCUAUCUAGUUCAGCGACGAAUAUAUUAGCCGAAGCCAAUGUUUCGAUCAUAAAUCAUAAAAAUGAAUCGGUACUUUCUGCGCAUACGCAGUACAAAAAUAUCGUGUGGAGCAACAGCAAUUUGCAGUCGUGGCCACAAUUCUGCAAGAAGGACGAUUUUUUCAAAAAUCAAAUACUACAAAACGACACAUUGACGUUGUCAAUCAACAUCAAAUGGUUCAAGCAACCGUCGGACGUAAUUUCUUACCCGAGUAAAAAUUGUUCGUCUAGUCCUACGCAUGAAACUAGCAUUAUCAAAGUAUGUAAUACUUUUGAAAACAUCGAAUCGAUACUGGAAAAUCCGAAAUUGGCAGAGAUGGUGUUCUCAUUGAAUGGCAGUAAUCAUGAAUGCGAUAAGACCCACAUGAAGUACACCGACAUACAAGUUGACGAAAUGAAAUACAUUUGGGCUAUACAUAACAUCAGUUUGCGCGAUACAACUGGCUACUAUGAGAUUUUUUCGCCCAACUUACACGUACCUACAAUCGGCAUGCAUAAAUGCCACUUUAAACUUACCCCUAAUGGUAAUUUCUUAGACAUAGGUAUUGCAAAACAAAUUGGUCUUAAUGUUUAUCCAUCCGUCGGAAAUAAGGUUGGAAAGACAUUAGCAAAGUACAACAUUUCGAUCAUAAACCGCCAUGACCAAGUUUUACUUUAUGAAAAAUCGUCGUUUAAAAAAAUUGACAGAUUCAGCAUGUACUCCAGAGACUUCUGCAAGAAAGAUGAUUAUUACAGAAACCACGUAUUAAAAGACGACACACUGACACUAUUCAUCCAAUUGAAAUUGUUUUCUCGGCCCCAUAAUGACGUUUCUCCCCAACAUAUGAUUUCUUCACCAGCUCCUGUACCCGAGACUACCUCUAUCAAAAGCAAUCAUUCGAAAAAAGUCGAAUUGAUCCCCAAGAAUGAAAAAAUUGCAGACUUCGAUCUCACAACAAACGGCAGUAAUUACGAAACCAUGUUUGAAAAUCCGAAAUACUCCGACGUCGUGUUUAAAACAAAUGGCAGCGAGUAUCCGGCCCAUAAAGCUAUUCUGGCCGCACGUAGUCCCAUUUUCGCAGCCAUUCUUCAACGAAAAGAUACGCGGAAUGGAAAAAAUAGAAAAAUUCGAAUAAACGUGACCCACAUGAGCGAUGAAGUAUUCCGAGCUAUGCUGCAAUAUAUUUAUACCGGAAAGUGCGAUAAUUUGGAUCAACUGGCUGGCAGAUUAUUCGUAGCUGCAACUAAAUAUCGUCUGAAUGGAUUGAGAAAAAUUUGCGAACAAUCGCUUUGUGAGAAUUUGUCGGCUGAAAAUGCGGUGAAGAUGUUGGUAUUUGCUGAAAAGCAUCGUGCCAACGAGUUGAAAUCCAAAGCUGUCGAAUUAAUAAAAAAAAAUUAACUCGAAAUUUGAUAAUGUAUAACCCACCAAAGAAUAAUUUGUAGAAUUUAAAAUGUAUCGAAUAAAUAAAAAGAAUACAAUAAUUUAUUCUAAUCAAAUUUUCCUCACCAAUCGCAAUUGAAAAAAUUCUCUUCUUGUUGAAAAAAAUCCCUUGAAAAUUGAAUAAUUAAUUUUUUUAGAAACGGAAAAAUAUCCGGAACACACAAAAAAUCGAACCCAAACGUAUUGCAAAAAUUCACCAAAAGUACCGAACCCCCUUCUCCCUCUCCCUCCAAGAGAAAUUUCCAAAAUCGGUUGGCCAACUCUCUCCUCUCCAA